AUGAACAAGCUUUACAUAGGCAACCUCAACGAGAGCGUGACUCCAGCCGACUUGGAGAAAGUAUUUGCCGAGCACAAGAUCUCCUACAGCGGCCAGUUCUUGGUCAAAUCCGGCUACGCCUUCGUGGACUGCCCCGACGAGCACUGGGCGAUGAAGGCCAUCGAAACUUUCUCGGGGAAAGUGGAACUACAAGGAAAACGACUAGAGAUUGAACACUCGGUCCCCAAAAAACAAAGGAGUCGGAAAAUUCAGAUCCGAAACAUUCCACCUCAGCUCCGAUGGGAAGUGCUGGACAGCCUGCUGGCCCAGUACGGUACGGUGGAGAACUGUGAACAAGUGAACACAGAAAGUGAGACGGCAGUGGUCAACGUCACCUACUCCAACCGGGAGCAGACCAGGCAAGCCAUUAUGAAACUAAACGGCCAUCAACUGGAGAACCAUGCCCUGAAAGUCUCAUACAUACCCGAUGAGCAGAUAGCACAGGGUCCUGAGAAUGGGCGCCGUGGAGGCUUUGGCUCUCGGGGCCAGCCCCGGCAAGGAUCACCUGUGGCCGCUGGCGCUCCGGCCAAGCAGCAGCAAGUAGACAUCCCCCUCCGACUCUUGGUGCCCACGCAGUACGUAGGCGCUAUCAUUGGCAAGGAGGGCGCCACCAUCCGCAACAUUACAAAACAGACUCAGUCCAAGAUAGACGUGCAUAGGAAGGAGAACGCAGGGGCUGCCGAGAAGGCCAUCAGUGUGCAUUCAACUCCUGAAGGCUGCUCCUCGGCCUGUAAGAUGAUCCUGGAGAUAAUGCACAAGGAGGCAAAGGACACCAAAACGGCAGAUGAGGUUCCCCUGAAGAUCCUGGCUCAUAAUAACUUUGUGGGGCGACUUAUUGGCAAGGAAGGCAGGAACUUGAAGAAGGUGGAGCAAGACACAGAAACAAAGAUCACCAUCUCAUCGCUCCAGGAUCUCACCCUGUAUAACCCUGAGAGGACCAUCACUGUGAAGGGGGCCAUUGAGAACUGCUGCAGGGCUGAGCAAGAGAUCAUGAAGAAAGUUCGAGAGGCCUACGAGAACGAUGUAGCGGCCAUGAGUUUGCAGUCCCACCUCAUCCCUGGUCUCAACCUGGCUGCUGUAGGUCUCUUCCCAGCCUCGUCGAGUGCCGUCCCACCACCUCCCAGCAGCGUCACCGGGGCUGCUCCCUAUAGCUCCUUCAUGCAGGCUCCUGAGCAGGAGAUGGUACAGGUGUUCAUCCCCGCCCAGGCUGUGGGUGCCAUCAUCGGCAAGAAGGGACAGCACAUCAAACAGCUCUCUCGGUUCGCCAGUGCCUCUAUCAAGAUAGCUCCACCAGAAACACCUGACUCCAAAGUUCGAAUGGUUAUCAUCACUGGACCUCCAGAGGCUCAAUUCAAGGCUCAGGGAAGAAUCUAUGGCAAACUAAAAGAAGAGAAUUUCUUUGGUCCCAAGGAGGAGGUAAAGCUGGAGACCCACAUACGUGUGCCAGCUUCAGCAGCUGGCCGGGUCAUCGGCAAAGGCGGCAAAACGGUGAAUGAGCUGCAGAACCUGACUGCUGCCGAAGUGGUAGUGCCAAGAGACCAGACCCCGGAUGAGAAUGACCAAGUCAUUGUUAAGAUCAUUGGGCAUUUCUAUGCCAGCCAGAUGGCUCAGCGGAAGAUCCGAGACAUCCUGGCUCAGGUUAAGCAACAGCACCAGAAGGGACAGAGCAACCAGGCCCAGGCACGGAGGAAGUGACCGACCGCCCCUUCCUGUCCCGAUGGCUCCAGAUCAGCAGGCAGGACGCGGAACUGGAGUGUGGAGGGCCAGUGCGCUCUUCCCAGCAGGCCUGAGAAUGAGUGGGAAUCAGGGGCUUUGGGCCUGGCUGGAGAUCAGGUUUGCCCACUGUCUUGAGAAAAAUGUCCCAGUGAGGAAUCCUGAUCUCUCGCCCCCAGUUCAGCCAGGUGACCACUAUGGUCCACCCCUUGGAAUGCCACCCUUGCAAUUGUAGCUGGUGGCCACCAAGGCCUCCCCCCUUGUAGCUUGGGUUGCUUUUAAACGUGGAUUGUUUGAGGAAGUUCUCCAGCCUCCAUCAGGAAGAUGGGUCGGCUCCCAGUGGGGAAGAGAAAUAAAAUUUCCUUCAGGUUUUAUUAAACCUCAAAGGACGGUUUGUUUCUUGACCCCAUAAUCUUUCUAACCUGACUUCUUGGUUAAUUGAUGAAAAUUUCUCUCACUCUCAAUGUCUUGACCAAUAUCUUGCCGCUUCCCGUAUUCAUUUACACUGUCCCAGCCUUGCUACUAUGGGGUGGGGUGGGGGCUGGAGCACAGCUUUGUUUACAAUAUUAACGCUGGAGAGCGCCUGAUCCUCAACCAACCAAUGGGAACAGCAGGAUAGAAAGAAGGAGAGAGAUAAUGAUUAAGAUAUACUGAUCCACGUUUAAAAGGAGUCCUUGGGCUGAGGAUAGAGCCCAGUGGUCAGCAUACUUGCCUGGCAUGUUCAAGGCCCUGGUUUCCAUCCUUGGCAUCACAAAAAGAAAAACAUAGCACACCCUCAUGGGUGAGCUAUUACAGAUCGCCAUCUAGAAAAAUUGGCACAACAGAAAUUUCCCCUGGUCAGCGGGGGCUUCCCCACAAGAUUCCCCACUGCGUUUAUGCCCAUCUAACCCUGUGGGUUCUGCAUGGUGCCCUGGUACACAUGGGUGGGACCGCGUGCUCAGCAGGGUGCGGGCUAAUCACUGUCCCUGAUUCCUACCAUUCUCAGGCGGAUUUUAUAUUUUUUUUAAAGUCUAUUUUAAUGAUUGGAUAUAUGAGCUCUGGGAAAGGGGGUGUGUGCUCCCUUUGAUAGCGUCUCAGUUCCAUGGAGGAGUUGAGUGGCCCAAAGGUGCUCUCGCUCUAACCCGUGUGCUCUUACAAGGGCUGAGGCAGGCAUUGUGGUCCCUGCCACGGCACUGUUUCCUUGUGGCAGUGGGACUACAACCCAACCUUGAGCUCCUGAUAAAGCUUAAAGUCCUUCAUCUGGCAGACUUAGUCAAUUACAGAAUAUGCUUCUGUUUUUAUUGUAGAGGAGUAUUUGACUGACUGCUCAGUCUCCAUGAAUUGUCGAUUGUUAUUAUGAAAGGCAUGCCUGAGAACAAACUUCAGAAUACCAGCAGCAUUGUGCACAAAGGGGUGAACACACUUAAUUUAUUAAUUUACCAGGCUCAAUAAGAUCCUGUUGGAAGUUUAGCCCUUAUGGAGGACAGUGGCCAUCGGUUAAGUGAGGCUAGGCCUCCCCUCCUAAUACUGUACUGAUUGUAACGCAUAUUUGCCAGGUGAUGCACUUUAGCUACCCUGGACAAUACUAUCAAGUGUGCUGGGAAGAAAGGAAGGCCUCUCUGCACUGGGAAAGCCCCUGCAGAGCCCCCCUCUUCCUGAUAGGACAACAGUGACGAGCAACCGUGAUGUGUGGGCGGAGUCAGGCAGUGCUGUGCUAAGUAAACUACCUCAAGGUGUGACGUUACCUCAGCAAUGAUUUCCUUUUGUUCCCCUAAACCCCGGUUUUUAAUUUCCCUUUUUUUUUUCUUUUUGAUUUUUUUUUCUUUGCGGCUUGCUGAUAUUUUAUAUAAAAAAAGAA